AUGAACCCCCAUCAGCAGAACAAGAUCGACGUCAACUCGUUGAGCCCUGAUGAACAGCGACUUUUACGACUAUAUGGGAAGAUUCCCAAUAAAAAGGAUCUCCUCCAGAACAAACUAAAGGAGCGAAAAUAUUUCGACUCUGGUGACUAUGCCCUCAGCAAAGCCGGCAAGGCCUCCGACGUUGGAGUAACCAGUAUCGGGUCCCGCCACCCUGUUCCCGAAAACAUCCCCCACCUCACAGCCACAUCGCCUCCACAGGCAGCCUCCACCCCAGGACACUUCAACGGUCACUCGCCCACCCACUCUACCGGGCCUCACAACGGCUUCCCCAUUGGUAUUGGCCGUAGCCCUGUCCGCGAAGGUAGUUUUGCACAUCGAAAAUCAAGCCUGGGGGACAGUCUGUCCGGGCCGAAGGACGAGGAGGAGACGCCUGAGGAGGUUCAAGAAGAAGAAAACAAUCCUACAGAGAAGGAAAACCAGGCUGAAGCACUACCAGAGAGUGAGAGUCCUUCGCGAGCCAGAGCUAAUUUGCCGGUUCGGCGAUAG